AUGGCAGAGGCCGAGGAAGAGGAAGCGCGAGAGGAGGACGUCGACGAUGGAGAAAACGGAUUGAGAGGAGGAGAAGAACCAGAAAAGGCGGCAGCGAAAGGCGGUGACGACGACGAGGAGGAAAAAUUAGACGCCGGCGUUGGUGCGGAAGAAAACGACGAGAAGGAUUCAGAAGACGAUUCAGACGACGAUUCAGACGACGAUUCAGACGACGAUUCAGAGGAGGAGGAGGAAUCUGGCGACGAGGAACCGUCCGAUGCGGAAGAUCUCGAGGGUGACGAAGAAGAAGAAGAAGAAGAAGAGAAUACUAGGAAAAAGAAGACACAAAAGAAAAAGAAACGCAAAAACAAGUUCAUCGACGACGUCGCGGACGAAGACGACGACGAGGACGACCGACGAAAAAAGAAGAAGAAACGAGCGAAAGGUAAAGAUGGUAAAGCGGUGAGUCGAUUUAUCGACGACAUCGCGGACGCGGCUGGAUCGGACGACGAGGAAGACGAGGAAGGCGACGAGGACGAACCCAUCGACGACGCGGAAAGAGAGGCUUUGGCGAGAGAGAUGGACACGAGGUUACACGCGAGAGUCGAACAAGCGCAGAGGAUUGAUGCCGCGGACGAUGAAGAGUUGGAGAGAAUGGUAAAGGAGAGGUACGAGUCCAGACGGUACGCGGACGCCUACGACGAGGAAGGUCAGAGACGAGGUCCGAUCGUGAACGAGUACGUCGAUCAGCAGUCGUUGCAUCCAACCGUUCGCGAUCCGAAAUUGUGGAUGGUCGCGGUGAAGCAAGGUAAAGAGAGAGAAGUGACGAUUUGUUUGAUGCAGAAGAUGAUCAACUUGCAAAAAACGAACAAGCCGCCGAUGAAAAUCAUGUCCGUGGUGACGCAAGAUCAUUUGAAAGGGUACGUCUACGUCGAAGCCAUGCGCGACGAUCACGUCAAGAAGGCGUUGCAAGGGUUGAGGCACGUGUAUCACAUGAAACCUCCGAAAUUGGUGCCGUUGAAGGAAAUGGUAGAAUCAAUUUCCGUGGCGAAGAAAGAAGUCGAGGUUAUUCGACCGGAUUCGUGGGUGCGCAUGCGAUCGGGGGUGUACAAAGCGGAUUUGGCUAAAGUUGUCGAAGUGAACUACGGGGAUAACUCGUGCGUGGUGAAAAUCUUACCUCGAUUCGAUUACCAACAUUUGGCGGAUAAAGAAUCCGGCGAGGCGAAGAAUAAGCCGAAACCGACGGUGCGACCAGCCGCGAGAUUGUUUUCUGAAACCGAAGCCAAAAAUAAGAAUUUAUCGUUCGAGCGCGGGAAAUUCGACCGAACGUUGAACGACCGCGUGGACGUUUUAUGUGGAACGCACAAGAUUAAAGACGGGUACUUGCUGAAACGAUGCGCGUUGACGACGGUGAAAUUGACCGAAGCGCCUUCGCUAGAUGAGAUUCAAAAGUUUGCCCCGGGCGGCGAUGAAGAGGACGACGACUUUGACGACGAAGAAGACGAUGAAGACGGCGGAGCGCGACGAAAGAAGUCGACGAACAACCACAUCAAUCGUCUCGCGAAACUAACUAUGAAUGAAAAGAAAGCGAGCAAGAGCGCGGCGGCGAGAUUUCUCGUCGGCGAUCAAGUCAUCGUCGUUGAAGGUGAUCUUCGAAACUUGGAAGGCGUGAUUAAACGCGUCGAUGCCGAUGGACGCGUUAUAGUCGAUCCUUCGCACAAAGAUCUCACCGAUCCGUUGCCAUUCAACCCGGAGCAGUUAAGAAAACACUUUAAAGUUGGUUCUACCGUUCGCGUCGUUCACGGCGCGCACGAAGGCGCGAGCGGGAUGGUGGUCAAAGUUUCUGACCAAAUCGCGACUGUUUUUUCCACGUCCACGAACGAGGAGUUUUCCGUCUUCAUGCGCGAUCUUGCAGACGAUGCUGAAGCGGCGACGCGCGUCGACCGCAUCGGCGAGUACGCUUUACACGAUUUGGCCAUGUUGGACGACGGAAACGUCGGCGUUUUGACUCGAGUUGAGAAAGAUGUCGCGUUUGUGCUCACGAACGUCGGCACAUUAGAACGACCAAACGUGAAAGCUUGCAAGCUCGCGGAUUUCAAACGAAAGAUGAACUCGAGAAAUCAAACCGCGCAAGACGGUGCGAUGGAACUCAUCGACGUUGGAUCUAUCGUCCGAAUAAACGAAGGCCAACUGAAAGACGUCAACGCGACGGUAGAACACAUCUAUAAAGGCACGAUUUGGGUCAAAGCCAGAGGCGUUCAAAGAGACGGCGGGAUUGUUUGUUUGCGAUCUCGUCAGUGCUUCGUCCACGGUGGACAAGGAACUCGACAAGGUGGAGCCAUCCCUGGUCUCACGCCUGCCAUGCAAUCGGCGUUUACCAACGCGCCGAAAUCGCCGGGUCAUGCGCUCAUCGCGCAAUCCAUGGGUCUCACGGCCCAAAUGGCCAACGCGAGCGGUGGCAUGUACCAACAGCCAGCGGUGCAACAGCGACGACCGGUUAUUCAACAGCGCAUGGGCAGAGAACGUGCGGAUCCUAUGGUUGGUAAGCUCGUUACCAUUCGCCGAGGCGUGUAUGCCGGAUACAAAGGGAAAGUGGUCGAUUGCGGACCGAAAACUGCACGAGUUGAGUUACAAGCGCAAGCCAGAACGGUCACGGUUAACAGAGACGAACUCGGUGGUGGACCUGGCUCUACGACUACGUAUGGUACGGCUGCUCCAGCUGCGUACGGAGGCUACGGCUACGGGCAACAACCGGUGGAUCGAUACGCGGCGCAAACGCCGGCACACACGGCGGCAACUCCGGCGCACGGUGCAGGCUACGCGACAACGCCGGCCAGAGACAACGCUUGGAACCCAACGAUGACUCCAGGAAGAGACGACGCGUGGGGUGCGGACGAACCCGCUGGGGCUCAUGCCGGGUCCAUCGCCGCCGAAUACGGCAAAAACGAUAAGGGUGGAAAGAAACAACUCGUUCCUGAUGGUUACGACGGCGAUUACUUGCCUGGUACGGUCGUGAAGCUCAUGAACGGCUCGCAAGGUGUCGUGAAGAGAGUUCACGGCGUCGGCGGUUCAGCGUUAGACGUCCAACCGGGCAUCUCCAACGUCAAAUCUGGCGUGGAACACUUUGAGAAAAUUUCUCGAGGCGCUCGCGCGGAAACCGUGGCGGAAGAAAACGUCGAGUUGGUCGUCCCGCUCAAAGGCGACGACGUCAUCGUCGUCAACGGGGACGAGAGAGGGGAAGUUGCCGAAUUGGUCAUGGUGGACGGUGCAGAUGGCGUUUUGAAAAUCAAAUCGAGCAAUCAAGAAAAGAACGGAGAAGUCAUCAUCGUCGACAUGUCGCGAUUGGCGAGGUAUUUCGACGAUAAAUAA